CACCUCGCUCCUAGUCGUUGGCCAAGCGCAGCAAACGGAGAUGCAAAGAAUUAGCAAUCAGAUAAAUUAAUACGUCAUCUACCAUUAUAGUGAUAUUAAAUCAUACAAUUAGUUCGGCCACAGUUGUAACAAACAAAAACACAGUAAAAUGCCGGCCGCACGGGGCGUAAAACGCACGGCGUCGAAAACCACCUCUGCCACGUCAGCCAGCGUCUCGAAGAAUAAGAAGAAACGCACAGCGUUCCAGCUUGAAAUACCGAGCGCACCCAAAAAGAGGGGUUCGGUGUUCACAUGCGGCCAGGGUGAUGUAGGCCAACUGGGUCUUGGAGAAGAUGUUAUUGAGACCACUAAGUUCAAGUAUGUGUCGGGUCUCGGAGACAAAAUCGUGGAUGUGUGUGCCGGGGGCAUGCACACCAUCGCUCUGGACUCCGAUGGAAAGGUGUGGACGUUCGGAUGCAACGACGAGGGUGCGCUCGGGCGGCCCACGUCCGGGGACACGGAGGAAGGCACCGCGGGCGCCGUGGCGCUCCCCGCGCGCGCCGUCGCCGUCUCCGCCGGGGACUCGCACUCCGCCGCCCUGCUCGAGGACGGGCAGCUCUACGCCUGGGGAGCCUUUAGGGAUUCGCACGGCAGCAUGGGACUCGUGGUCCGCGGGCGCGAGGGCAAGGCGUGCCGGGAGCCUGUCCGUAUCGAUAUCGGCGAGCCUGCUGCUGAUGUGGCCUCCGGCGGAGACCAUCUCGUCAUACUGUCUACGACAGGGGGCGUGUACACGAUGGGUUGCGGCGAGCAGGGCCAGCUCGGGCGCCUCGCGCAACGCUCCGCCUCCAGGGACUCGAGGCAGGGCUUCAGUGCCCUGCUGACCCCAGCGAAGCUGACGCUGAAGUGGGCCGCGUCCCACGUGUGGGCCGGCUACCACGCCACCUUCGCGCUCGACACCGCCGCCGGGAAGAUGUUCGCGUGGGGACUCAACAACUACGGACAACUCGGUAUAACGGGAGAAAAACGCAAGACAGCCCUAUACGCGCCAACGGAAUGUGACGCCUUCACUCAGGGUACCGGGUGGCAGCGAGUCGCUUGCGGGCAACACCAUUCACUCGCUUUGGACUCCAAGGGACAGGUGUUUGCUGUUGGCAGAUGCGAGUACGGACGGUUAGGCCUCGGCGACAGACAAGGCGACGCGGAGACCCUGGAGCCGGUGCCGGUGCUGGUCGGCAAGAAGUGCGUCAGCAUCGCCGCGGGCACCUGCAACAGUUUUGCCGUCACCGAUACAGGUGAGGUCCUGGGCUGGGGCAUGGGCAGCGAGGGCCAGCUGGGCACGGGCGCGGCUGCAGACGCGGCGGCGCCCACGCCCGCCGUGGCGGCCGCCUUCCAGGCGCGCCGGCCCGGCAAGGUCGCCGCCGGGGCGCAGCACACCGCCCUGCUCGCUCUAGACACAUCACCGGUCAAAGAAAAGUCCCCGACACCGGAAAUGGAGACGGAAGAACAGCCCGUAGAAGCGAAGGAGACCAAAGGAAAGGAGAAGCCGAAGGGCAGACAGAACAAGAGGCAAAAGAGAGGGGAGCAAGAGGAUGAGGUGUCUUCCACGUCGAGCGCGCAGCCUGAUGUACCGGAGGGAACCAAACCACAGAAAGUAAAUGGCGAUGAGAAGAAGGAAACCCCCAUGGAAGUGGACGAAUCUGACCACUCACAAGACAAAAAAGAGGACACUAAACCAGACACGGAAGCGGCUGAGCCACCAAAAACGGAAAAAACAGAAGCGGAACCCACAGAAAAAGCCCCAGAGCCAGCACCGGAACCGGCACCAGAAAAGCCAGAGGAAACCAAACCAGAACUCUCCGACUCCAGUCAAGACUCCCAAGACACAGACAAACCGACAGACGUUGAAAUGAAAGAUGAAAAAGUUAACGGGGCACCGGAAGAGGAAAAAACUGCAGUGGAAGCCAAGAAAGUGGAGGAAGCGAUACCAAACGACACAGUUGUUGCCACCACGGCAUGAUCCUAGAGUUUAGCGUGUGUUUGUGACGAGAUAUCUAUUGCAUAGACUGAAAAGCUGUAGAUUUAGACCAAGCUAAUAGCCGUAACAGACUACCGCACCACACCGCGAUCUUGGUGCGGUCAAAAUAUUCUCGCUCUAACUUGUAGCAGUUGUAGCUACGUCCUAACGCACGUACGGCGACCUCCUUACACACUAUCGAUAAGUGCGCCGCACCGCACCACGGUCGCCGUGUGGUGCGGUAGUCUGUUACGGUUUUAAGUUGGCAGCGAUUUUGAUAGAAAUUAUGACGUUUAAAUAACACUUGCGCAGUCUGGGCUAUCGAAUUCGCUGCUAACUUAGCUUGGUCUAACUACUACUUUGUAAUUUGCGUGGUGCCCGGCACAGGUUGAAAAAAUUCAAAAAAUAAAAUUAGCUGUAGUCAGACCAAGCUAACUUUGCACGGCAUUUGCUAACACAAAGUGUGAAAAUGUCAUCAUAAACGUGAUUUCUAUGAAAAUAUGACGUUAAUAACACUUACACAAUUUUUUCUGUCAAAAUCGAUGCAAAGUUAUCUUAUUCAGACUCGACAAAGAACAAGCAAUUUCGGUGUAACUGCCUAGUUCCUCCAAGCAUUUGUUGCUUAGACCGUAGGCCAAACAGCGACAAACUUGGGGGCGUGUUUUUUUUUUAGACCACUACUACCAUAAAUAAGUCUGGUCAUAAUCAUAAACAUAUACAGACGAAUUUGAAAUAAAAUUUAUUUCAGUGUUCAGUAUAGUGAAUCCAAAAUGACCUUAGAUACCUAAGUAAAAUGUAGAUAAAAGAUAAACAAGAUUUUGAACGUGAACUAUUCAGUAACGAGCUUUCAUCAGUCCAUGUCCAAUAAAAAGAAGAAUAACACUAGCUCUUGUCACAAAUGCUUUCAAAUUCGGUUAAUGUAAGGCUGCUUGCACACUACCAAUCCUAAAAAGUAACUGUUUAUUUUUGUAAAAUUUUCGAAAUAUAUAAGGAAUUUAAAUUACUGUGUGCGGGCCGCCUAAAAUAUUCGAAGUGUUUCAUAUCAAACAGUAAUAUACAUUCAAUAGUUCAAUUCUCUCGCAAUAGCAAAUUAGUUAAUACCGUACUUCGGUCAGUAAGGAUAAAAAAACUGGUUUUGUCUAUGGACUGUUUUAGGCCUCUACAACAAAUUUGCAACAAAUCGCAUAGGAUUUUUGAUAAAAUGUAUCAAAAUUGCAUGCGAUUUGUUGCAAGGUCAGUACAGGCCUUAACUGUAGAAAAAACUGCUUUGUUUUAUUAAAUCCGGUUGUUAAGAUAAAGCCGGUUUUUUGCUGCAUUAGCCGUUGAUGUUCAUUGUAAUCAAAUUGUUGUAUAUUUCAUAAAUUUAUGACGAGAUUUAAAUAUAAGAGUUCCGGUUUCGGACGCCCGUUCUUUGACCUGUAUUUAAGAUAAAAUAAUUUUGUGUAUUUCCGUUUUUGACAUAAUAAUGUGAUUUCGGUGUAAGUUGAUGAAGUUUUUCCUGCAAUGUCAUUGGUUCGCUGCCUUUCAGGGUCUGAUUUUUAAGCCAUUCAAAUCGUACCUUAAUAACCAUUUUGUCAGAAUGUAAAGGCAUGCUCAAACCGGCGGAGCGCAGCGCAGAUCACGUUAAAUUCACUCCUAUUUCAAUUAGAUUCAGGUAUAAAUUUGAAUGCUCUGAAAGCGACCUCGGAGCAUCACAGAGUAUUGUCUCCGCGGCAUUGUUGAGCAUGUUAGAGGAUACCGCGGCGGUAGGCGCCGGCAUGCCGCGGCAUGCGCUAUGCGGUGUGCGCGGAGUAAAUCCUCCUCGGUGAUUUGCGCUGCGCUCCGCCGGUUUGCGGCAGGCCUUUAGUGAUUACAUUAGUAAUCAAGAAUAGUAGAACAUUGAGGUUGCUAGAUUGCUUUUAUAAUAUAAUAAGUUCGUUAGGUAGUAGGUACAAAUUCUGAACUAUAAGGGAUCAGAACUUCACAGUAACAUUUAGUAAACUAUUUGUUGAUUUUUUUAUUUUAUAGAUAUUUUCGUGCAUGAUUCUAAAGUACAAGAGUACAAUUUCACGAUGCUAAUGUUUACUUGUUACGAUAAAAUGAACUAUAGUUAUAAUGAUUGUGUUUUAAUAAUAAAAACGUAGUGGAAA